GCGGGCGGGCAAACGGACGGCUCCGCCCAGCCGCGGGCUCCUUUGCCCCGCCUUCGCGGCGCCCGUUUCCUGGCCCUCCCCACCUUAAGCGAGACCAACGAGAGGACACCGCCUGCGGCUAGAACAUCCCGGCCAGGAGCGCAACCGAGUGGCGCGCCAACGUGAGAGGAAACCCGUGCGCGGCUGCGCUUUCCUGCCCCUAAGCCGUUCUAGACGCGGGAAAAAUGCUUUCUGAAAGCAGCUCCUUUUUGAAGGGUGUGAUGCUUGGAAGCAUUUUCUGUGCUUUGAUCACUAUGCUAGGACAUAUUAGGAUUGGUCAUGGAAAUAGAAUGCACCACCAUGAGCAUCAUCACCUACAAGCUCCUAACAAAGAAGAUAUCUUGAAAAUUUCAGAGGAUGAGCGCAUGGAGCUCAGUAAGAGCUUUCGAGUAUACUGUAUUAUCCUUGUAAAACCCAAAGAUGUGAGUCUUUGGGCUGCAGUAAAGGAGACUUGGACCAAACACUGUGACAAAGCAGAGUUCUUCAGUUCUGAAAAUGUUAAAGUGUUUGAGUCAAUUAAUAUGGACACAAAUGACAUGUGGUUAAUGAUGAGAAAAGCUUACAAAUAUGCCUUUGAUAAGUAUAGAGACCAAUACAACUGGUUCUUCCUUGCACGCCCCACUACGUUUGCUAUCAUUGAAAACCUAAAGUAUUUUUUGUUAAAAAAGGAUCCAUCACAGCCUUUCUAUCUAGGCCACACUAUAAAAUCUGGAGACCUUGAAUAUGUGGGUAUGGAAGGAGGAAUUGUCUUAAGUAUAGAAUCAAUGAAAAGACUUAACAGCCUUCUCAAUAUCCCUGAAAAGUGCCCUGAACAGGGGGGGAUGAUUUGGAAGAUAUCUGAAGAUAAACAGCUAGCAGUUUGCCUGAAAUAUGCUGGAGUGUUUGCAGAAAAUGCAGAAGAUGCUGAUGGAAAAGAUGUAUUUAAUACCAAAUCUGUUGGGCUUUCUAUUAAAGAGGCAAUGACUUACCACCCCAACCAGGUAGUAGAAGGCUGUUGUUCAGAUAUGGCUGUUACUUUUAAUGGACUGACUCCAAAUCAGAUGCAUGUGAUGAUGUAUGGGGUAUACCGUCUUAGGGCAUUUGGGCAUAUUUUCAAUGAUGCAUUGGUUUUCUUACCUCCAAAUGGUUCUGAUAAUGACUGAGAAGUGGUAGAAAAGCAUAAUAUGAUCAUUGUAUAAGACAUGUGUUGUCAUUAUUUGUAGUAGUAACUACAUAUCCAAUACAGCUGUAUGUUUCUUUUUCUUUUCUAAUUUGGUGGCACUGGUAUAACCACACAUUAAAGUUAGUAGUACAUUUUUAAAUGAGGGUGGUAUUUUUCUUUAAAGCACAUGAACAUUGUAAAUGUGUUGGAAAGAAGUGUUUUAAGAAUAAUAAUUUUGCAAAUAAAGUAUAUAUUAAUAUUAUAUUUAUGUGAUAAAUUCUAAAUUAUGAACAUUAGAAAUCUGUGGCACAUAUUUUUGCUGAUUGGUUAAAAAAAUUUUAACAGGUCUUUAGCAUUCUAAGAUAUGCAAAUGAUAUCUCUAGUUGUGAAUUUGUGAUUAAAGUAAAACUUUUAGCUGUGUGUUCCCUUUACUUCUAAUACUAAUUUAUGUUCUAAGCCUCCCCAAGUGCCAAUGGAUUUGCCUUCUCAAAAUAUACAACUAAGCAACUGAAGAAAAUUAAAGUGAAAGUUGAAAAAUA